AUGGGGGUUCUUUUGAAAACCAAAGGACUUCGCAUGUCCGCCCAGAAACAGGAGACUCUAUUGAAACUCACCGUUCUCUCCUGUGCUGCUAUUCUGUCUUUUGCGACGCGUUUGUUUUCCGUACUCAAGUUUGAAAGUGUCAUCCAUGAGUUUGAUCCAUACUUCAACUAUAGAACAACAAAGUUCUUGGCCGAAGAGGGUUUUUACAAUUUUUUGAACUGGUUUGACGAUCGAGUGUGGUAUCCGCUUGGCAGAAUCAUCGGAGGCACGAUAUAUCCAGGCUUGAUGGUUACUUCUGCAGCUUUUUACCAUUUGGCAUGGCUCUUAAACAUUACUAUAGAUAUCAGGAACGUCUGUGUCUUUCUUGCUCCGCUGUUUUCAAGUUUUACAACUAUUGUAACAUAUUUACUUACAAAGGAAUUGAAAGAUUCGGCGUCAGGACUGUUUGCAGCAGCUAUGAUUGCCAUAGUCCCAGGUUACAUUUCCAGAUCAGUGGCAGGAUCAUAUGAUAACGAAGGGAUCGCGAUUUUCUGUAUGUUGUUCACCUAUUACAUGUGGAUAAAGGCUGUGAAAACAGGAACGAUUUUCUGGGCUACGUGUACAGCUCUUGCCUACUUUUACAUGGUGUCGUCCUGGGGUGGAUACGUCUUUUUGAUUAAUUUGAUUCCCUUACACGUUUUAACUCUGAUGGUCACAGGGCGAUUCUCUCACAGAAUUUACGUGGCCUACAGCAUUUUAUACUGCCUUGGAACAAUAUUUUCCAUGCAGAUACCGUUUGUCGGAUUCCAGCCUGUUCAGAGCUCUGAGCACAUGCUUGCAUUCUUAGUUUUUGGCAUGUGCCAGAUCCACGCCUUUGUCGACUACCUCCGUAGCAAAUUAACUUCGCACGACUUUGAAGUGCUCUUCCAAGGGCUCGUCAUUUCAACGGUGAUCGUGUCCGUCGUCAUUGGUACUAUUUUAACUAUUACCGGCAAAAUUUCUCCAUGGACUGGAAGAUUCUAUUCCCUCUUGGAUCCAUCCUAUGCCAAGAAUCACAUUCCAAUCAUCGCGUCCGUCUCGGAGCACCAGCCGACCUCUUGGAGCUCUUUUUACUUUGAUUUACAGAUUUUAGUCUUCCUAUUCCCUGCAGGAUUAUACUUUUGCUUUUCUAAGCUGACUGAUUCAAAUAUAUUUUUGAUUCUUUAUGGAGCCACGAGUCUUUACUUCGCUGGUGUGAUGGUGAGAUUGAUGUUGGUGCUGGCGCCUGUAAUGUGCAUUUUGGGAGGAAUUGGUGCUUCUUCUUUACUUCUUAAAUACAUGAAAGACAUGGACAGUACGAAAGUCGUCGAUAAGAAAGCUAAGAAAUUUGAAAGCAACUAUGUUCUGAGGAGCCAGAUUGCAACGUUGUUUGUCGUCGUGAUGUGCAUUCUUUUCUUCUCGUACACUUACCAUUGCACAUGGGUUACUGUUGAAGCUUACAGUUCACCCAGUAUUGUACUAUCAGCCAGAUCUCCGGAUGGUGGCAGGAUGAUUUUUGAUGAUUUUAGAGAAGCCUACUACUGGCUUCGUAUGAAUACUCCCGAGGAUGCAAAAGUGAUGUCUUGGUGGGAUUAUGGGUAUCAAAUAACGGCAAUGGCAAAUCGAACGAUAUUAGUAGACAAUAAUACGUGGAAUAAUACGCAUAUAUCUAGGGUAGGACAAGCGAUGGCAAGCAGUGAAGAAAAGUCUUAUGAAAUCAUGAGAGAACUCGAUGUUAACUACGUUCUAGUUAUCUUUGGUGGACUGACAGGAUACUCAUCAGAUGAUCUUAACAAAUUCUUGUGGAUGGUGAGAAUCGCGGGAAGUACGGAGAAGGGAAAGUCGAUAUCGGAGUGGGACUAUUACAAUCCCGCUGGUGAAUUCCGAGUCGACAAGGAGGGAACUCCCACGCUACUUAACUGUCUAAUGUACAAAAUGUGCUACUACAAAUUCGGCCAGGUUUACACUGAACAAGGUAAACGAUCUGGUUACGAUCGUGUGAGGAACAUGGAAAUCGGUAACAAGGACUUUGAACUCACUACCCUUGAGGAGGCCUACACGACGGAGCACUGGCUUGUUCGUAUUUAUAAAGUGAAAGACUUGAGGAAUCGAGGCAACUGACGAUUAUUUACAAGUUCCUUGCAACGACAAUUCACGAGACAUUGAUUCUUCUCGGACUUCUCAGUGAGAUAAAGAAAAAAAAUAGACGGAAAAAAACCAUAAGAUUUGUAUAACAUUUUUUUAAUGAUAAAAAAAGCGCAAACAGUGUGGAAUGUUUUUACUCGAUUUUAUAGAAAACUGUUGUCCAACGCACCAUGUACACAAAUGUAUCAACAGAUGUGAGAACUUUUUUCAAAGACAGAAAAAAUAUAUUACUUAUUACUUUUUCAUCAAAGUUUUUCC